CUGAAGGAGACCUUCACAUGGAGAGGACGAUAGGAUGACACUCCACUUGUGGGAGCUCCAUUAAAGUGUAAACAAAAAAAGUCCCAGUCAGAUGUCCCAGGUGAGAAGUGAUCUCUCAAGCCAUUCUGACUCACUCAAUGGAGACCCCGUGCCGGAUCAGACACCCUUCCUGCCCACUAGCACAGAUCAGGAGGAGAUCUCGUGCACUUCCUCCACGCAGAAUCCAGCGGUAGCACCGUCUGCUCUGUGCCACAUCCCAGCCCCUCACCCUCAGGCCCCAGCAACGGAGGAGAAAGAGAAACUGCCAGAUGACGACAAGUCCCUGAACCUUCUGGCAAAUGGAACAGCACCACCCAAAAGUGAGGCCAAGUCAGAAUUCAUGGUCACUCCCGAAGCUGUGACACGCCAGCCCCAGGUGCGAACACCCCUGCGGGGUCUCCAGCCGUCCAGCCCCAUGGACUGCACCCCUCUGCUGCAGAACGGCGCCGGGCUUGUCCCGGACCCAGGCGGCAGAAACCGAGAGGCCGGGAACGGCGUCCUCAGCUCGCUGCCCAGCUCUCAGAAGCCUCAUCGGAAGCUGCAGUCACACUACUCCAUCAACAGCCAGGGCAGCAAGAAGAGCAAAGGCAGCUCCAAAUCAGCCUCCUCUCAGAUCCCUGUGGAGGCGCAGCAAGAUUGCUGCGUCCACUGCAUCCUCUCCUGCCUCUUCUGUGAGUUCCUGACCCUCUGCAACAUUGUGCUGGACUGCGCCACCUGCGGCUCCUGCAGCUCCGAGGACUCCUGCAUCUGCUGCUGCUGCUGCGGCUCCGGGGAGUGUGCCGACUGCGACCUCCCCUGCGACAUGGACUGCGGCAUCGUGGACGCCUGCUGCGAGUCCGCGGACUGCCUGGAGAUCUGCAUGGAGUGCUGUGGCCUGUGCUUCUCCUCCUGAAGCGGGGCGGGGGCGAGGAACCCA